UGGAAUCUCCCUGUAGAACUCAGGGACAUAAACACUGUUUAUCUUCCAUCUUUAUCUUCCCUGAUAACUCCCGCACGUGCCUCUUUUACUGAAGUGCAACACUAGUAUGUUCUUUUCUUACUCCGAAUUGCCUCUAUAGUUCUUCAAAUGGCAAGAGCUUUUUGUGACAAUUUCCAUCGCACCGUGUUUUUGCUCUGUGGUCACUGACAAGAACUCCUCAGAGCCCCGUUCCACAUAAUCUGAUCGUUGACUUGGUCAUAGAACAAACAUGGGGAAAAGAGAUGCGGUUUGCUGGAUGAAAUUGAUGUCUCGUCACUCCGCGCCUGUGGCGCGCUUUAUACUCGACCCUUUCAACUCUUGUCGGUGUGGCGGUAGCUGUUUUUUCCUUUUACUCGCCAAGCCCCAAGUUAGAUUUUUUAUUGGUCAAUUCCUGUUUUUUUGUGCGGUUGAUCAGCGAGGUAGCAGGCCUACUGACGCUGCUAUAGGAAGUGCAGAACUCGUGUAGGUGAUAUCGAAGCCCGCUUUACUUCGACAGUUCUUGAUAAAACACUUUCCUCUGCGACCGAUCAAUUUCCCACACGGAAUACACCUUAAUUUCACUCUUAUUUAACAUUGAUCCGACCAAUUUGGCCCGUUGACGUCAGUUCCUAUAGGCGUUGUUCAAAAAUGGUCUCCUUUUUACUGACUUGUUAAAUCAGCUGUUCAAUCAAUAUAUACGCAAGAACCCCACUGUAAAAGUAUGGUUUGAGGAUAUAUGAAGCUUAGUGGUUUUCACAAACAUUAAAUUGUCGAAAAUGUUAGAAGUCUGCUAAACCCUCUGAAAUAAUCUAAAGCUAGCUCAUCAAAAUUACUUGUGCCCCGUGCCUACCUUGAAUUUUUGAUUGGUGACCGCGAUUGCGAGUACGUGAGUAAUGUCUCAGAUCAACAUUCCCUUGGAACGAUCAUCUUCGAUAAGAUCUCUCCGGUACGCCGUGUAGUCACCAAGUACAUUGUGUACACGGAUUAGCGACUGCAUUCAUGAACUCUAUUAUCGAGAAGUGACUUCGUGUCCCGAGCGAGCCCACGCACUUCUGGAACACCGACUCCCUUCAUCAACUGUGUUCCUGUUGUCGAUGCCAUCGAGUGAACUUGUGACAGCCUCCGCGGGCCCCCUCUUUUCAAUUUUUCACUUGGGAAGGCCUGGAUGUGUUUGUCAAAGGCUGGGAAGAAUUAACAUCAACGGAGCUUUAUCGAUGCUCAGCUAGCUGUGCGACCGAUCGACCUUCUCUGCGCUGACUCAACUUAAAAAGUCAACCUACGGCUCGGGGACAGCGACAGCAAAAACACGAUUCCAGACUGUCGACACAAUGACGUCACUUGCAUGGGUAGUCGAGACAAUCCUUGUCAUGGUUCUAUGUGGUGUGGUGACUGCACAGACAUGGCGAUCUUCGUCAGAAUAUGUCGUCUUGGAUUGCCCCAAUGGUAUCUCCGUACCAACCGACAUGGGCCGGUCAUGGGCGAGAGUGACGUGGGUCGAGCCCCGCUUCAUCGACCCCGACGGUGUGGAGGUCCUUCCUGCUAGAAUAUCACACAACCCCGGAGAAAGAUUUCCUGUAGGUUCUCACAACAUCCGAUACUCACUAGUCGACGGUAACCACAAAGUCACAUGCAGCUUCAUGGUCAGAGUCGAUGAUGAGGAGCCUCCCCGCAUAGUCAAUUGCCCCUCUGACAUCACAGUUCCGGCUGACCCCGGAAGCACUUCCAGGUCAUCGGUCUCGUGGGACGUCCCCUUAGCCACAGACAACUUCCGGGUCAAGCACUUCAGUUCCUCCAACCCCAUUGGUUCGUCGUUCUCCGUGGGUUACACAGGCGUGACCUACACAGCUGUGGAUCUCAAGGGUAACCAGGCGGAGUGUACUUUUAACGUCAUCGUAACUGAUGAUGAGAGCCCCAUCUUAGAAGGAUGCCCAGUGGAGGCUCUAACCUACGUUCCCCCGACAGCCAACAGCGGUCCUGUUUCCUGGACGCCACCCCGUGGUAUCGACAACGCCGGGCCACCAAGGAUCACCUGUACUCGCUCCCGUGGAGAGAGCUUCCCGCUCGGCCGGACUGAGGUGAUGUACACGGCAACAGACGCGGCAGGGAAUUCGGCUACUUGCACAUUUAACGCCGUCGUCAAGGUUGAGAUUCCUGGCAACAAAAUCUUCCUUCGCAAUCACACAAGUACGGAGCUGGAAAUCAGCUGGCCCCAGCACGUGAAUCAGAAAGCCUCUAGCUACCUCAUUUACAUAUGGCCGGUGGGCGCCAGCCAACCACAGGCCUCUGACCAUCAGUACCAUCCAAUCAACUGGCGGGAAAGUUUCACCACGCACACACUGCGUGGCCUGUCGCCCGGCACCAUGUACAACAUCCGAAUCUACGUGACAGGUGUGGGGGACGAGUUGGAUGCAAAACUGAGGACAAAGCCAAAUGCACCGAGUGAUUUUACGUUCAAAGCAGAAAGCUUAGACUCCACUUCCGUUUUCCUUAUGUGGCAACCUCCGAUCGGGAAUUUCGACCAAUACCAAAUCUCAUACCAAGCAACCGGGAGUGAGACCAUGACAACACUGCGGCUAUUGGACAAAGGGAUAGUUGAGAAACACGUGACUGAAUUAUACCCAAACACUUCAUACGUCUUUACUUUGGUGUCGGUGAGUGGUGUCCGGAAUUCGAAAUCACAAAGUGAUCCUGCGACUCUCAAUGCAACAACAGCUCCUCUUUCGAAGUCACAAAUCCUCCUCCAAAAAGUCACCGCCACCAGUAUCCAGAUAGUAGCCCGUUUAGUACCGGCGACCACCACCCAGACUCCCACGGCGUACGACCGGGGAAGCUCCCAGUCCAGACUUAAUCGACACGGGACCGGCGCAGUGCGGCCGGAGGUAGAAGAAGACGAAGGAGACGACUAUCACCAUAGCAACGGCUACGUCAUAGUCAUCUACUCCAAUAACAGCGAUGUCUUCACUGACGUCAUAUUCGAGUCUGGUACGCUGCAGUAUGAGUUCAUGGCGCUGGUGCCCACCACUUUUUACACGAUACGGAUCAUACCGUCGGACGCCAGCGGAAAUGUUCAGGAAAAGACCACCAUGACUCGUCCAAGUACCGUCACCGAUCUAGUCUUACAAGAAGUCACCAACUCGUCCGUCACAAUCGCGUGGAGCCCUCCAUCUGGACGCUACGAACGAUACAAGGUGACCUAUGCCCCGAUGAAACUAGAAGACGCUGCACCGACCACGGUCACCGGAAACGAGGUCACCAUCGACGGGCUGGUUCCCAUGACGACGUACGUGGUCUCCGUGGUAACCAUCUACGAGGCGUUGACGAGCGAGCCGGCGGAUAUUCAAGUUACCCCUGGAGUUGACAAGGCUGAAGCGCUUCUCACCCUCGACGAGCCUACUUGCACCUCACCGAUACUCGCCAGCUGUUUUCUGGCAGCGAUCCUGGUGUUCAUAGGAAUAUAUAUCUGCAGGUUAAAGAUGUGCUACAAGUACAUGAAUAUACAUAGACGCCAUACAGAGGAAAAUACUUACGAGAACCCAACCCGUCCAAACAGCGAGUACCUCAGCUCCCCUCCUUACCAGAACACGGAGGGAUCGGAGACGACGGCCAUGUUACUCAGGUCCCACCCACCACCCAUCAGUGUGUCAGGGUACAUGUACCCUCCUAUUGCUAGGGGACUGUUCAGCAGGGGAAAACGAACUUCUUCUGCAAGCAAAGGAAAUGGCAGUGCGAUAUCGCCAAUUUACUACAACGUCAAAGAGGCCGAUUCCUGAUUAGUAGUGACGUCAGAUAAAUGUGUGCUUAUGAAUAUACGCGACUGCGCAAAGUGAUCCAAGUGUGUGUGUGUCAAAGAGCCAAUGGUUUGGGAGGACACGGGGGACUUAAUUAAAAAUGCAAAAAGAAAUACACUUGGAUGUUCAAACAACCGAGACGAAACGUGAACAAAAAAAAAGAACAAGAACAAGACCCAAAAGUCUCAGUUGGGGCAUCAUUCACAACCAGUGACACAUUCAGUCAGUUAGUCAUCUAUCAGUGACUGCGACUCAGGUAGUCAGAAGAAACAGGCUGCCCCUCGGGUCCUGCAACAACGAGCAAGUCUUACCGUUCAACUGACGAGGGGGUACCACAAGCACUGCGCCUUGGCGACAGAUCGGUCCCUUGGCACCAGACUCAUCACCGCUGUGUACUUCGUGGAUACUUCGUACGGUGAAGCAGGAACUAAUCAUUGUGAAGUUCCGAUGGUCCUCAUUUCCAAGUCGCAGCAUUACACAGAGCAAGUUCUGGCGAGGACCAAUAGCCGACUAGUGAUUGAUUCCUGACGUAACUUACGCCUGCGCACUAAAUUGAAACGGCUGAACGUCACGCGUACGCUGGUCAAAACAUCACCAAACUUCUUGGUCCGGGCUCCCAUGCUGUGCAUAGUGAUGCGCACGGCUACGGGUAACCAAAGAUGAAACCGUGCUGCAGGCUUCGGUUCUAGUGAAGUUGGUCGAACUGUAUGGUUAACUAUAUCUCUCGAACAUGCUCACAGUUGGCAAAUCUGGAAUAUUGAAUUUACAUCUGGAAUGGAAAGUUUUGUCCUCGGACCAUCAGCUAAACAAAAUAUCCAACGAGAACUCAAAGAAAUGAGAGGCAACCAGGUGUUGAAUAUAUACGAGUGCAGGAAUGCAUCUGCUCCUUUUGUUGUAGGCCUGUACCUGAGGUCGCUGUUGAAGUAUCUCACGGAUAAAUACACUGCGUGUUUUUUCCCGCACAUUUUAAAACUUUUUUUUCAUUCAAAUUCAAAAACGGUUAACUUCAAUUUCGUCUCAGAAGACUGGAAGGCGCAAAUACUACAAUGAAUUCGGGCGAUUCACAAUGCAGUGCGCCACCAAGAGUUUGCCAUGGAGAGUCAAUUUUUCUAGUUUACGGUC